GUUCCCGCGCUGACGUCACGCGCUCUUAAAGGGCCCGCUCGGGAUGGCGGCGGUGGCGGCGGCGCUGCCGCGGGCGCUGUCCCGGCUGUGCCCCCGGCGCUGCCCCGCCCUGCCCCGGCCCGCCUGGACAGGGGCACACCGGGGACACCGCGGGGACAGCGGCUCCGGCACCGCGGGGCGGGCGCGGCCGCGCUGGGCACGGCCCGCCGGCGCUGCGCUGGCCUUCCUGGGAGGUGAGCGGGGCGGCGGGCGCGGGCGGCGCGCAGCCGGCACCGGGCACCCACCGCGCUGUCCCCGCAGGGCUCUCGCUGUUCCCGCGGGACGCCGAGGAGGACGGCGAGGACGCCAUCGUGCUGCUGCUCAAGAGAGCCAAGCUCAGCGCUAUGAAGGGGGAGCUGGCCGAGGCCGAGCAGCUCCUGCACCAGGCCCUGCGGCAGGCGCACCAGCAGGAGAACAGAUGGGGAACGUGGCCUACAUGCAGGGACAGCUGGACAAUGCAGAAAAGCUCUACAAAGCAACGAUGAGCUAUAUGCUUGCAGGGGACACAAAGGAGGAUGACAACGCCAUCCUUGAGCUGUCCCUCAAGCUGGCCAGUAUCUACGCUGCUCAGAAACAGGACAAAUUAGCUGUCGCUGGCUACCAGUUCUGCAUCCUGACCUUGGAGGAGAAGAUUGCCAAACAGAAGGACUUGCCUGAGGAUGUCUUAUCAGCUGAAGAAAAGGCCAACACCCAGCUCCUGCUUGGGAUGAGCCUGGACUCCUACGGCCGCUACCUCCUGAACAUCAACGAGCUCCCAGCAGCACAAAAAGUGUAUGAGAAGGCUCUGCAGAUAUCAAAUGAUGUUCAGGGAGAGACUCAUCCACAGAGUGUGGUGCUGAUGAACGACCUGGCGACGGUGCUGGACGCUCAGGGACAAUUCGAGGAGGCGCACACCUACAGCAGGAGGGCAGCACAGCUGGCAAGGGACACACAGCACCCCGAGGAGCACAUGGUGCUCAGCAACCUGGCAGCAAUCCUGAUGCACAAAGAAGAUUUCCUGCAAGCAAAACAAGUGUACAAAGAAGCUCUCAAGCAGGCACAGCAGAAGGGAGAUGCUGCUUCUGUCCAGCAUAUCCAGGAGGAACUAGCUGAGCUGGCCAAGAGGAGAAAGGGCUCCAAAUAAGUUUGGCCAGAGAGUCCAGCCUUGAGGUGGCUGAAGGCAGCAAGGGCUGGUCAGCACAGGCAGCCUGGGAGCAGCUCGGUGCAAUUCUCCAGAGAAACAGCAAUGAGGAGUUUCAGGACUGCUUAAGAGGAAGGGCUGCCACUGCCUAACCGCCCAAAAUAAAGGUGUGAAAUCUUAACUGUGUGAA